AUUCUUCCUUUUUGAGACAAACCACUGCGCCUCUAGUAAUCCCACAUUACAUAAGUGUCAUGAUCCUUAACUUAUAAAUAUAUAAUCUCUAUACUAAUAGUUACCCAAAAUUAUUGAGAAAAUGCGUAUGAGUUGCAAUGGUUGUAGAGUUCUUCGAAAAGGCUGCAGCGAAAGUUGUAGCAUCAGGCCUUGUCUUCAAUGGAUCAAAAACCCCGAGUCUCAGUCUAACGCCACUGUUUUCCUCGCUAAGUUUUACGGCCGUGCUGGCCUCAUGAAUCUAAUUAACGCCGGCCCUAAUCACCUUCGUCCUGCAAUAUUUAGGUCGUUGCUUUAUGAGGCUUGUGGAAGAAUAGUAAACCCGAUUUAUGGAUCGGUGGGGUUGUUGUGGUCAGGCAAUUGGCAGCUUUGUCAAAAUGCUGUGGAGGCAGUACUCAAAGGAACUCCAAUUACUCCCAUAGCCUCUGAAAUUGCUGUAAACAACAACGGUCCUCCUUUGAAAUUGCCUCACGAUAUUAGGCAUAUAAGCAAAGAUGAAAACUCUACCAAGUCCAGCGAUCUUCACCGGGUCAGAACCCGAUGUCGAUUCAAGCGCUCAGGUGCCAAGACAAGAUCGAACCCGGUUUGUUCCGGGUCGGGUGAUGAGAAAGUUAACGGGUCUACGAGCCAUGAGUCUUCGUUGAGUCACCAGUCUGAAGAAGCGGCGGUGGCUCCGAAUGUGGAAUGCGAAAGCCGGGAAAUGGCGGAAGUAGAAGAUUCAGCUAUGGCCGAGCCUGCUAAAGUCGAAUUGGAACUGACUUUAGGUUUUUCGUCGUUUGGAACUGUUGACGGUAAACCGAAGGAAACUAAACGGAAUAAACCUGUUCAGUUGCUGGACGCCGCCGGAGAAUGUAAAAUAGAGCUUUGCCUUCAUUGAUUAGUGCUACUAGUUCAUUUUUACCUCUGUUUACUUUUUUGCCCUCUACAUCAGUACAAAUACCAAGUCAAUAUAGUAGCAGCAGAAGAAACUUUUUCUAAUUACAUGUUUAUCCUUAAUUAGGUAAAUUGUCCCGCUUCAGCUCACAUCUUAAUCAAUCAAUUUGUUAUCUACUUUUUGACAGAAGCGUAUAGUUUGAUGUAACAACUGUGUUCGAUUAGAUGAUGUUUUAGGAACAAGGAAAAAUUUAAACUUUAAU